AUGGAGCUCUUUGUGAAAGAACUCGGUACCGAUUGUCUCACGACGGACGGCUACGCACUCACCUGUAAGUUGUGUGCGAAGCUCGUCAAUUCAGAUAAGAAGUACUACGUCGAGCAGCAUUUGAAUGGUGCGUUUCACCAGGAGCGCGCCCAGAGAGCGAAGCCAGAAGAUCGGAGUCUAUGUCUCCUGAAGAACUACGUAGAGCUUUCGAGCAGAGGGCGUAUUUUCAGCAUGGACUUAUGCCAGAUGAUGAUCGAGUGCAACAUCCCACUCUACAAAGUCCAGAAUGCGUCAUUCCAGAGAUUCUUCGAGAAAUGGAGCAGGGAAAAAAUACCUGACCAGAGGUCACUCCGAAGAAAUUAUCUACAGAAGCUAUACGACGCAACUGUCACCAAGAUCAGAGAAACCGUCGGCGAGCAUCCAAUCUGGGUCUCGGUGGACGAGACCACAGAUUCGAGAGGCUUAUACGUUGUCAACACUUACUGUCCCUUCGCCGGCUUCCCUCCAAAAGGCACUUCGGAGUUCUUCAAUAAAUUCGGAAAACGAAUCUUGGACGAGAAGAGAGCAAACCUCGAUCAAACGAUCAAGAACGGCACCGCAGACAUUCUGGACAAUUUGCUGAUCGCUCAGAGAGAAGAUCCAAGCUCUAUAAUUACUGAUGAUGUUCUCACCUCCCAGGCAUUCAUUUUUUAUCUGGGAGGGGUCGACACGACGGUCGUUACUCUUGAAAUGACAACUUUUUUCAUGACGAUCCAUCCGGAAGUUCAGGAUAAGGUCGUGGAGGAAAUCGAGCAAGUCAUGGGGGACCGGGACCAUGUCGAUUAUGACGAUGUCCAGAAGAUGAAAUACCUGGACGCCACCAUCCAAGAGUCGUUGAGAUUCUAUCCCUUCUCGUUUUUCAUAGACCGAAUUUGCAACAGAGAUACGACUGUUGCGGGAGUGCCGAUAAAGACAGGAACCAUCGUCGAAGUGCCGAUUCGCUCUAUGCACUUCGACCCGGAGCUCUUUCCAGAACCGGAGGAAUUCAUGCCGGAACGUUUCCUGAAAGGAACCUCGCAAGAUGCAGCUGUCCAAGGAAUCUUGACUUUCGGAGAAGGUCCCAAGAACUGCGUCGGAAGACGGCUAGCAACUAUGAACGUGCAGGUUCUGUUGGCGAACAUGCUGAGAAAAGUUAAACUUGAAGCUUGUGAGGCGACUCCGAAAUCCCUUAAGCUCAAGGGAGGGAUGAACUUUACGAACGUCUCCGAAGAGCCUUUAGUUCUGAGAGUGACUCCUCGGAUAGGAGACUCCGAUAGAAAGUCCUCCCUUCCGGACGUCUGA